AUGCACAGGUUUGGCAUAAGAACUCUGUUGCUCUUUUGUUGCACUGCAAUAUGUGUUUCUGGGAUGAGAAGAGAGUAUUUUCUCAAGAUAGAAGAGGUAACUUGGAACUACGCACCGAGCGGGAUGAACGUUAUUCAAAACAAAACACUCCAGGAGGAUGAAGAUGCUGCAGUCUUUUUGAAAAAGGGCCCUCAGCGAAUCGGCUCCACCUACAAGAAGGCAGUUUACAAACAGUACAGUGACGCCACCUACAGAACAGAGGUGGUCAAACCCAACUGGCUGGGCUACCUGGGCCCAGUGCUGAUGGCCGAGGAGGGAGACACGGUGAUCGUCAAUCUCAAAAACUCUGCCUCCAGACCUUACAGCAUCCACCCACAUGGACUGAACUACAGCAAAGGCAGCGAGGGAGCUCUAUAUCCAGAUGGAACAAGUCAUCUACUGAAACAAGACGACUCGGUGCCCCCUGGUAGAACUGUGACCUAUGAGUGGACCCUCCCAGAAUCCCACAGUCCAACAGCUGAUGACAACAACUGCAUGACCCGGUUCUACCACUCGCAUGUCUGCACAAUAAAAGACAUCAACUCAGGACUCAUAGGACCCCUUCUCAUCUGUAAAAGAGGAACUCUGGAUGUACAUGGGGACAGAUCUGCAGACUACACCUACGCUCUGCUGUUCAUGGUGGCGGAUGAAAACUUCAGCUGGUAUCUUGAUGAAAACAUCAGGACGCAUAUCACCAACCCCGUUGGAGACCUAAAAGACGAUGAAGAUUUCAUUGAGAGCAAUAAGAUGCACGGAAUAAAUGGCUUUCUGUACGGCAAUCUGCCAGGACUGAGCAUGUGCCAAGGUAACAAGAUUCAGUGGCACAUGAUUGGUUUAGGCAAUGAGGUGGACAUGCAUUCGGUUCAUUUCCACGGUCAGAUCCUGACAGUCCUGAAACACCACACGGACACAGUCAGUCUGUUCCCGGCCUCCAGUUUUACUGCUGAAAUGGUGGCAGACAAUCCAGGACACUGGCUGCUCGCCUGCAACGUCAAUGACCAUCUGAUGGCUGGAAUGCAGGCUCUAUUUGAGAUCAAGAAGUGUUUUCCUAAUGUCCAUAAGCCACGGCCUUACGGCGAGCUCAGACAGUACUUUAUCGCUGCUGAAGAAGAGGUCUGGGAUUACGCUCCAACAGUCCCAAAUGACGGUGAGGCACAGGAAUUUGUGACCAAAGGACAAAACCGCAUUGGAAGUCGCUAUAAGAAGGUUCGCUACGUGGAAUACACUGACAACAGCUUCAUGACGAAGAUGCUACGCAGCCCAGAGGAGCAACAUCUGGGAAUUUUGGGCCCAGUUCUGCGCGCUGAAGAAAAAGACACCAUCCGGGUUGUUUUUAAGAACAAAGCCAGCCGGCCGUACACCAUACAGCCCCACGGAGUGCAGUACAGUAUAGAACAGGAUGGGACUCUCUACUACAAUGAACUUGAGGAGUCGUACACAGAAAAAAAACUGAGAGAGCUGAAAAAACAACCGAGGGUGGUGACUCCUCCACCAGCGGCUUCGGUCAGACCUGGGAUAGUGUACACCUAUGAGUGGACAGUACCUCAGGGUGCAGGACCUGUGGAGGGGGAAGCCGACUGUCUGACGUACCUGUACUACUCGGCCGUUGACCCAGUUAAAGACACCAGCUCCGGUCUGGUGGGACCUCUUCUUAUCUGUCGGCCGGGAUCUCUGAAGAAAGGAAUACAGAAACACUACAACAAAGAGUUUCACCUCAUGGCCACGGUGUUUGAUGAGAACCUCAGCUGGUAUCUUGAUGAGAACAUUCAGACUUUCACCACGUCUCCCAAGACGGUCAAAAAAGAGGAUGAUGGCUUCAUGGAGAGCAAUAAGAUGCAUGCUAUCAACGGGUAUGUGUAUAACAACUUACCAGGCCUGAGGAUGUGCAAAGGGGACACAGUCUCAUGGCACCUGUCAGCACUGGGAUCAGAGACGGACAUCAUCAGCUUUUAUUUCCAGGGGAACCGUUUCAUCUACCGGCAGAACAGACGAGACAGCAUCAGCGUUUUCCCUCACAUCUCACACACCGUCACCAUGGAGCCAGACAGCAUGGGUCAGUUUGAAGUGGUGUCGGCCACUUUGGACCAUUAUCGUAAUGGGAUGCGAGCCAACUACACUGUGGAGAAAUGUGGCCUAUUUCAGCGUCAGGGUGAGGUGAUGUUUCACUCAAAAACGUAUUACAUCGCUGCUGUGGAGAUAGACUGGGACUACUCUCCAAACCGCACCUGGGAGGCAGAGAUGUUCAGGGAUCGCGGAAUGAAUCCUGCCCCCAUUUUCAUUGAUCCACAAGGAGGAUUCAUAGGUUCCCGCUACAAAAAGGUUGUAUACCGACAGUACACCAGUGACAAGUUCACAAAGCAAGUGGAAAAAACACCUGACAUGGAGCACCUCGGCAUCAUGGGUCCGAUGAUUCAUGCUAAUGUUGGAGAAAAAGUUAAAAUAGUUUUUAAGAACAUGGCAUCCAGACCUUACUCGAUCCACGCCCACGGAAUCAAGACGGAGUCCCCCGAUGUCCAUGAAACGAAAGCAGGUGAAACUCACACAUAUACCUGGUACAUCAACAAGAACACAGGGCCAACCGAGGAGCAGGAAGAGUGUUCAGUGUCAGCGUACUACUCCACCGUAGAUGUAGCAAAGGACCUGUACAGCGGGCUGAUUGGUCCACUGGUGAUCUGCCGCCGAAGCUGGGGCAGGACCCUCGGACUAAAGAAGCCAGUGGAGGAGAUAGCAAUGCUUUUCUUAGUUUUUGAUGAAAAUGAAAGCUGGUAUCUUGAUGAAAACAUUAGAAGAUUCAUCAGAAACCCUCGACCAAACAUAAAAGACAAUGAAGACUUUAUUGAAAGCAAUAAGAUGCACGCCAUUAACGGUUAUGUGUAUGGCAACCUGCAUUUGUACAUGGAGGCGGGUGAUAAAGUGUACUGGUACCUGAUGGCAAUGGGCAAUGAGGUGGACAUACACACUGUUCAUUGGCACGGUCACAGCGUGGAAUAUAAGCUGGGAGGAAACCAACAUCGUGUUGAUUCCUAUGAACUGUUUCCAGCCACCUUUCAGACAGUGAAGAUGCGACCGCAGUAUCCCGGUACGUGGCUGGUCCACUGCCAUGUUACCGACCACAUUAAAGCUGGAAUGGAAGCCAUGUACACAGUCACUGAAAAAGCCCAAAGAAGUGGAAUUUUUGGCUGA